AUGGCCGCGGAGGAUGAGGCGGCGCCGCCGGCUCUGAACUACAUACCAGAGGUGGUGCUGAAGAAAAGGAAAAACAACGAGGAAUGGGCAAUCAAAAGAAAGCUGCAGCUACAGGAACGUGCUAAACGCCGCAGGCCCGACAGCUCUUUCAUCAAGAAGCCCGAGCUGUUUAUCCGAGAAUUUCGCGACAGGGAAUUGGACUUCGUGCAAAUGAAGAGUAGGGUGGGGCGAAAAAGAAGGGCAUCGGCUACGGCAGAAUCUAAGCUUCUAUUCGUAAUUCGCAUUGGGGGCAAAAAUGAUAUGCAUCCGAAAACACGAAAGAUUUUGCACGCUCUGAGAUUGAGGAAAGUGUUUAGUGGGGUAUUUGUGAAGGCAAACGAUGGACUAAUGGAAAUCUUGCAAAAAGUGGAGCCUUAUGUUACCUAUGGCUAUCCCAAUUUCAAGAGUAUCAAGGACUUAAUUUACAAGAAAGGUGUGAUUAAAGUUGGGAAGGAGAGGUUUCCUUUAACUGACAACAACAUUGUUGAGCAGAAACUAGGCGAGCACAACAUCAUAUGCAUAGAAGACAUCGUGAAUGAGGUUGCCUCUGUUGGCAAAAACUUUAAGUUAGUCACAAAUUUUUUAUGCCCCUUUAUGCUGAAUAAUCCGGAAAAGGCCUUGCGUGGUAGGAAGAAACGGUAUGAAGAUGGUGGGGACUCAGGAAAUCGUGAGGACCACAUAAAUGAGUUGCUCAGCAAGAUGAAUUAG